UUGACAUCGAGCGGAAUGAAAGUGGCGGCGGCUUCAGUCGCUCGCCAACUUCCACCGUGCAACAUUAUCGUUCGUGUUCGCGUCCACUUCCGUCCGAUCGUGCUUUCGACAAUCGCAUCAACGAAAAAAAUAGCGAUUAAAAAUCAUCGAUUAAUGAAUUUUUCACUGAAAAUUUCGACCAAAUUUCAAGAUAAGAUUGCGGAAGAUAUUGAUGCGUGUGAAUCGAAGUGUGACUCGUAAACGAGGAUGAAGACGAUUUUAUUCGUAUCUACUACAGUUUUUUUUGUGCAACGACGAAUAAAUCAAUUCGGCGAAUAAAUCAAUAACAGAAUACGUGAAAAUCAUGCGGAAGUGUUUGCUUCUUGUUUUUUGUGCCGCAGGUAUAUUUGCGGUACAAACGCAUAAUAUCAAUUUUGAUGAAACAGCUGCGAGCCGGCCUAGAAUUGGUCGGCAAAAUAAUGGCAUAAAGCGAUACGCGUGUCCCAUAGGAUUCUUUCGAUUGAACAGAUAUUGUUAUUAUUUAAGCGGCGGGACAGCACCCUGGAGAGAGGCCUAUUUUCACUGCAAAGAUAGAAAUGCCACUCUGGCUAUUCUCGAUAGAAAUGGGAAGGAUCGAAUGUUAAGAAAAUAUUUGUGGAACGAUCAAUUUACAAAAUUAGAAAGAUGGAUCGGUGGAAUAUACAAUUGGCAACAAAUGACUUGGGAAUGGGGUAUGACUGGAGAAAAAGUACAUUUUCAAAAUUUUGGUCUACCUAAAUUUAAUCGAUCGAAACAAUACGCGUGGCACUGUAUCACGAUCGAUCCCACGUUAAAGUAUAAAUGGAGACCACAAAGUUGCGUCGAACGAAAACAUUACGUAUGCGAGGUACUGGCUGGACGUAUAGUCAGAAGGCGUAAAAAAACGGCGAAUUCUCGUGCAUUGCAAAAUCAAAAAUCCCGAAAGAAAGGUAAAAAAUAUUUAAAUGAAUCGCACAAGUCAAAUGGACGGAACAAACAGCGAAAUGCAUGGAAAAAAAGAAAUUAUGUAGAGCAAAAUGCAGACGAUUGGGCACAUGGUGUGAAAUUGGGUUCAAGGCCACCAUCUUACAACGAAAAAAUGUAUGAUUCGAAUCCACGAAUGCGGCAUCAUUCGAAUAAAACUGGACCGAUAAUGGCACAAAUUCAAGAAAAAGAAUACAAUGCAUUUCUAGCCGAUGGAUCCAAUAACGAUCCGCAAAGUCUAACCGAUAGAAAUAGAAUUUUUCCUCAAAUCUUUGGAAUCAACUUGGCGAGUGAAGAAGUUCUAAAAGGUUUUUAAAGCCAUAAGCAAAACGUUGUAUAUUAUUAAUUCCUUUAUAGGACUUUAAACAUCAUUGAUCAUUGAUCAUUGAUCAUUGAUCAUUGAUCAUUAUUAUUUCAAAAAAAUCUUCCAAAUUGAUAUAAUAUUUACCAAAUAAUAGAUUUAUCAAAUAAUGAAUUGAAUAAAAUUAAUCAAAUUAAUUCUAGUUUUCAUUUUAACUUUAUGGAAGAUGAAAAUCGUUUAGAUUCUAUUAAAGGUUAUCGAGCACAGACUGAAAUAAUUUAUUCACAGAUUAGAUUGGCAAAAUAGUCUCUCAUGUUCCUCUCUUUUAAUAAAUGUAAGAUUUUUGAAAAUGUAUGUAAGUACUUCUGUCUAAUUAAUUAGUUAAUUAGUUAAAGUUAUUUCGAUAAAAUAAUAGUUCGAUGUAUCACGUAUAUACUAUAUAAUUAUAAUUAUAAUAUUCCUUCUCAUUUUAAUUGUAUCUAUUUCUUUAUUUAAUUAACAUAUAUGAAAUGCGGAUUGACUAUUUGCGAAUUCUAUUUUUUAAUAUUAAUUUUCGCUCAUUGCUUCGCUCAUUG